CUAAUCCAGAUACACUUCUGUCUCGUUUUUAUGGCCUUCACCGAGUAAAAUUACCACGUGGUCCAAAAAUUCAUUUCGUGGUGAUGAACAAUAUUUUCCCACCACACCGAGAUAUACAUGAAAUUUAUGACUUAAAGGGUUCAACUGUUGGACGUGAAACUAAAGUUACAAACAAUCACAAUCCACGCACGGUACUUAAAGACCUUAAUUGGAUAAAUAGUGAGCAACAUUUGGAAUUAGGUCCUGCGAAACGAACGUUUUUUGUUGAACAACUGGAAAAGGAUGUCAAUUUGCUUCAAAAAUUGAAUAUCAUGGAUUACAGUCUUCUAGUUGGAUUGCAUGAUACCUCUCGUGGAAAUAGGGAUAAUAUUCGUGAAGAUUUCUUUGUAUUUCAACCUGAUACUAAGAAAAUCGAACGUACUCCUUCAAGUCAUAAACGAGAAAGCAAAGCAUCGAAAUUGCGUAGAGCAGUAGGUGAAGCCGAUCCGGUAAAAUUAGGCCCGUCAACCACCAAGCUAGUUCUGAAUAACGA